CCUAGGUAUCAGUCUCUAACCACCUCGUUCUUCACCUCCUCUCCCUCUCACUAAACCCUAGUUCAUCCAUCACCCCGUCAAUGGCUGUCGCCGCAGCUCGACCUCUGGUCACGGUUCAGCCGUUGGACGGCGACAUGGCGACCGACGGUGGGAACACCGUUUCCCUCCCUGACGUCAUGAAAGCGUCAAUCCGUCCAGACAUUGUGAACUUCGUUCACGCCAACGUAUCAAAAAACAGCCGUCAGCCUUACGCCGUCAGCAGGCGCGCCGGCCAUCAGACCUCUGCUGAGUCAUGGGGUACUGGUCGUGCCGUAUCUCGUAUCCCCCGUGUUCCAGGUGGUGGUACUCACCGCGCCGGUCAGGGUGCCUUUGGCAACAUGUGUCGCGGUGGACGCAUGUUUGCUCCCACGAAGAUCUGGCGCCGGUGGCACAGGAAGAUCAAUGUCAACCAGAAGAGAUUCGCUGUCGUCUCUGCCAUUGCUGCAUCGGCCGUGCCCUCACUUGUCCUUGCACGCGGCCAUCGUAUUGAGAACGUUCCCGAGAUUCCUCUCGUGGUCAGUGACUCCGCGGAGGGCGUUGAGAAGACAUCUGCCGCGAUCAAGAUCCUCGAGCAGGUCGGUGCUUAUCCCGAUGCCGAGAAGGCGAAGGAUAGCCAUGCGAUCCGACCAGGAAAGGGUAAGAUGAGGAACCGUCGAUACAUUUCUCGUAAGGGUCCUCUCAUUGUUUAUGGCACCGAGGGUUCCAAGAUUGUGAAGGCUUUCCGCAACAUCCCCGGUGUCGAAGUUGCCAAUGUCGAGAGGCUUAACCUGCUCAAGAUCGCUCCUGGUGGGCAUCUCGGCCGCUUCAUCAUUUGGACUAAAUCUGCUUUUGAGAAGUUGGACUCAGUUUACGGGUCCUUCGAAAAACCAUCAGAGAAGAAGAAAGGUUAUGUGCUUCCUAGGUCGAAGAUGUUUAAUGCUGAUUUGUCUAGGAUUAUUAACUCUGAUGAGGUUCAGUCCGUUGUGAGGCCAAUCAAGAAGGAGAUCAAGAGGGUUCCGCUUAAGAAGAACCCGUUGAAGAACCUCAACACCCUUCUGAAACUCAACCCAUAUGCCAAGACUGCAAGAAGGAUGGCUCUUCUGGCCGAGGCCCAGCGCGUCAAGGCAAAGAAGGAGAAAUUCGACAAAAAGAGGAAACAGAUACCCAAGGAGGAAGCCACUGCAAUCAAGGCUGCUGGCAAGGCAUGGUACCAGACCAUGAUUUCGGACAGCGACUACACUGAAUUUGAAAACUUUUCGAAAUGGUUGGGUGUCACCCAGUAACCGUUAUUUUUUUUUUUUUGGUUUUGUAAUUUUAUUAGAACUUUGCUAUGUUUUUGUUUCGUGUCUGGAUUUUCAAUAUCUACUUCAACAUCAUUUUUUUUUGUUCUUCGUUAUUACUUCAGCAUGAGCUUAUUUUAGGAGGGUAGGGGAGCUUGGGAAGGGCUGGAAUAAAGACUUAUUUUUGAUUUUUUGUUUUGGUACCUCGCCUCUCUCCUUCUUAGUUUUGUUGGGUUUAGUGGAGAUAUUGGAAUAGAUUGAAUUAAGAUAUUUGAAGUUGAUGAAGUUAGUUUUC